GACGGCUGGGCCGCAGCUAUGGACCGUGAGCUGACCGAGGCCCGCGUCCUUGCCGAGCCCGCCCGCCUGCGGCUGCUGCCACCAUGGGCUCCCCGGUGUACAUCACGGUGGAGCUGGCCAUUGCUGUGUUGGCCAUCCUGGGCAACGUGCUGGUGUGCUGGGCCGUGUGGAUCAACAGCAACCUGCAGAACGUCACCAACUACUUCGUGGUCUCGCUGGCGGCGGCUGACAUCGCGGUGGGCGUGCUCGCCAUCCCCUUCGCCGUCACCAUCAGCGCGGGGUUCUGCGCCGCCUGCCACGGCUGCCUGUUCUUCGCCUGCUUUGUCCUGGUCCUCACGCAGAGCUCCAUCUUCAGCCUCCUGGCCAUCGCCAUCGACCGCUACAUCGCCAUCCGCAUCCCGCUGCGGUACAAUGGUUUGGUGACGGGCGUCAGGGCCAAGGGCAUCAUUGCAAUCUGCUGGGUGCUGUCCUUCAUCAUCGGCCUGACGCCCAUGCUGGGCUGGAGCCACUGCGGCCAGCUGGAGGAGGACCGAAACGGCUCGAGCACCUGCGCCGCGGGCCAGGUGACGUGUCUCUUCGAGGACGUGGUGCCCAUGAACUACAUGGUGUACUACAACUUCUUUGCUUUCGUGCUGGUGCCCCUGCUGCUGAUGCUGGGCAUCUACCUGCGGAUCUUCCUGGCGGCGCGGCGGCAGCUGAAGCAGAUGGAGAGCCAGCCCCUGCCCGGGGAGCGCACCCGGUCCACGCUGCAGAAGGAGGUCCACGCUGCCAAGUCGCUGGCCAUCAUCGUGGGGCUCUUUGCCCUCUGCUGGCUGCCCUUGCAUAUCAUCAACUGUUUCACGUUCUUCUGCCCCACGUGCAGCCACGCCCCGCUGUGGCUCAUGUACCUGGCCAUCAUCCUCUCCCACAGCAACUCCGUCGUCAACCCUUUCAUCUACGCCUACAGGAUCCGUGAGUUCCGCCAGACCUUCCGCAAGAUCAUUCGCAGCCACGUGCUGAGGCGGCAGGAACCCUUCAAGACGGCGGGUACUGGUGCCCGGGCCUUGGCUCCCGAGGGAGAGCAAGUCAGUGUCCGCCUCAACGGCUGCCCCCAGGGGAUGUGGGCCAACGGCAGCGGACCCCAUCCUGAGCGGCGGCCCAAUGGCUACACCCUGGGGCUGGUGAGCGGGAGAGGUGCCCAGGGGUCCCAUGGAGACGUGGGCCUCUCAGAUGUGGAGCUUCUCAGCCACGAGGAGUACCAGGGAGCAUGCCCAGAGCCUCCAGGACUAGAAGAAGAAGACCCCCUGAGCAGGGACAAAAUGGGGAUGUCCUCAUGGUCCUCGGGAUUUUCCCCUUCCUGAGGGGAAGAAGUCUACCCUGUUGGUUGGCUGGACCAGUCUCACUGGGAGAAGAAGAGCACGUGCCAGGAGACCCACCGGGCAUCUGGUUCCUUCCUUGGACCGAGAGAGCACCAAGCUGCACUGGCAUGAGGUCCAGCAAGAAAAGCCUGGGGUGCAAGGAAUAGAUGUUUCACGCUGUCAGGCCUUUUCCUAGGCAGCAUCGUUACUGGGCAGGGCCCAGUCUCCCACUCUGGAAGCAUCUAGAAGCUCUCCUUUUGUCUGCAGAGCUGUAGCUUAGCAGACUGUCCUGGCCUGAGGCCGGGGAAUGGCUGCUUCGGGUCUCCUCCACUAUGUAUCCACCACCUUCCUCAGACCCUCUAGGGCUCAGGGAGCUGCUGGCCUGGAAGUGGCACUGAACUUUUUUUUUUUUUUUUUUUUUUUUUUUUCCAGGAGAAAGAUGUAAGUGUAAGGAAAUCCUUUCUAUUUUAUUAUCUCCCCGGGCUGCUGGGUCUGGUGUCGAUCCUGUUGUUAGCCUGGCACCGAGAGUCUACCCAGGGAGUCUCAGGCAGCCCACACAAGCUGCUGUAUACUUAGCCCCCGGGGUCAUUUCUCGGGGUGACAGGGCUGGGUUAGAGAACAGGACUUGGAAUGGGAACAGGGCCAGAGCACAGGCUGCAGCCCCAGGGGAGAGGUCGGGGCCGGCAGACUAUGGGCCUGAGCCUGGGUAGCUCAGAGCUGCCACAUCAGAGGCCCUGUCUCACUGCCUUUCUGUCUAAAGGGAAUGUUUUUUUGUUUUUUUUUUUCCUGAGAUCAAAUAAAAUGAGCCACAUUGUGUUUUAA